AUGUCAUCCUACGCCGUUUUUGAGAAAAUAGGAUUGACUGGGAAUGAUGUUUUGUGCUGUUCCUACUCUAAAUGGUCACCAAUAUUCAAAGACCAUAUUUUUGAAUCUGUGAAGCUACAGCCCUUACCGAAAAGCUUUAUCAAAUACUUGUCCUCAGAUAGUAUCAGGCUAACCGACGACAAACAUGCAGAUGACAUAAACCUAAAUAGCGAAAAUGAUUAUAGUGACUGGGAGGAAGACGAAGAGAAUAAUGAGGCAGUAUCUUCUCCUGAGAUUCAAUUUCAAGAAUUACACAAUGAUCUUAUCGAAUCAAUUCGAAACCUAGGUGGCAAAGUCUUUCCCAAGUUAAAUUGGUCUGCACCAAAAGAUGCGGCUUGGAUGUUGCCGAGUAAAAGUAUGGAAUGUAACACAGCUGAUGAUGUGUAUCUUUUAUUAAAUGCGUCAGAUCAUAUCGCCGAUGACUUAGACCACGCGUUUGACGAUUGUGAGGGUACCAUUCCCAACUUUGAGUACGAAUUAGUACUAAAGAAAUGGGUCGACCUUAAUCCAGCCUUGGAAUUCAGGCUUUUUAUCAAAGAUAAGAAACUUGUAGGGAUCAGUCAGCGAGAUUUAAACUUUUACGAAUUUUUGACCAAGUUAGAACCUAUGUUAAGGUCAAGAUUAUCAAAAUUUUGGGAAGAGAUUGUAGUGCCGUCAAGAUUUGGGGUUAUUUCAUAUAUCAUGGACGUAUAUAUACCCAGUCCUUACACAGAAGUUUACAUUAUAGAUAUUAAUCCUCUCUCCAGAAAAUCAGACCCAUUACUUUUCACCUGGAAUGAGAUCUUGACAGCAGAUAAUGAAACGUUUGACUUUCGUCUUGUAACUGAGAACAAUGUACAUAGAUUCUCCAGAAAGGAGUAUUCUGAAUCUCAGGUUCCCCUUGACAUGAUUGAUGCAGCCGUAAAUAACAACUCCAUGGUUGAGUUGGCCCGUGAAUGGACUAAUGCUCAAAAACGCCAGCCGAAAUAG